AUGUAUAAUAAAGCUACCACUGUCGCUUUGGCGACUCUGCUGGCCCUCGGCCAUGCCCAGCAAGUCGGCAAGGAGGAUACCGAGACGCACCCUAAGAUCACCUGGCAGCGCUGUACUGGACCCAAUAAGUGCUCCAACGUCAACGGCGAGCUCGUCAUCGACUCCAACUGGCGAUGGACUCACGUGGUGGAUGGCUACCAGAACUGCUACGAUGGCAAUGAUUGGAACAAGACUGCAUGCCCAGAUGCCGACACUUGUACGAAGAACUGUGCCAUCGAGGGUGCCGAUUAUUCGGGCACAUAUGGUGUGAGCACCUCCGGCAACGCCGUGACUAUGAAAUUCCAAAAUCAACACCAAUAUGGUGUGAAUAUAGGGUCCCGCCUUUAUCUCAUGAACGGCGCCGAUAAGUACCAGAUGUUCACAGCCAAUGGCAACGAAAUCGCCUUCGAUGUUGAGAACGCUGACCUUGGCUGUGGUCUGAACGGUGCAGUGUACUUCGUGUCCAUGGACGAAGAUGGUGGAAAGACGCGUUAUCCGUCUAACAAGGCCGGUGCCAAGUAUGGUACCGGAUACUGCGAUUCGCAGUGUGCUCGAGAUCUGAAGUGGGUUGGUGGCAAGGCCAAUGUUGAGGGCUGGGAACCAUCAAAGACGGACAAGUCUUCUGGUAUCGGUAACUCGGGAGCCUGCUGUGCUGAAAUGGACUUAUGGGAGGCCAACAGUAUGUCAUUCGCAUUGACCCCUCACCCAUGCGAAAAAGACGGAUACUUCGUCUGCAACACGAAGGACUGCGGCGGUACAUACUCUGAGGAUCGCUACUCGGGUAGCUGUGACCCUGAUGGCUGUGACUUGAACCCGUUCCGUCACGGCAAUACCGACUUCUACGGCAAGGGAAAGACGAUCGAUACUAGCAAGAAGUUUACCGUCGUGACCCAGUUUCACGGCUCCGGCACAUCUCUUACAAGUCUCUCUCAGUAUUUCAUCCAGAACGGCAAGAAGUUUGAAGUUCCCAAGUCCAAGUACAUUUCUGGUGGUAGCACGAUCGAUGCUGGCUUCUGUGAUGCUGCUAAGGAUAUCUUCAAGGACAACAAGCAGUUCCAGCAGAUGGGCGGUUUGAAGGCGAUGGGUCAGGCCACCGGCAAGCCUAUGGUGCUGGUUUUAUCCGUCUGGGAUGAUGCUUACGCCAACAUGCUUUGGCUGGAUGGCCAGAAGUAUCCCCUUGACCGCGCCGCGUCCGAGCCGGGCGUUCCCCGCGGUGAAUGCGACGUUAACGGCAGCAAGCCCGAACAAGUCCGUGAAAAAUUCAAGAACGCCAAGGUCACUUACAGCAACUUCAAGUUCGGACCCAUCGGAUCGACUUACAACCUUUAA